AUGGUGGGGGAAAGGCUCAAAAAAAGAAGUCUUUGGAACGAAUUGCCUCCACGUCUCAUCCAGUUGAUGAGGAGUUUCCUCCGGGAGAGGAGGAAUAUUCUUCUGAUGAUGUGCCCCCUUCCACUUGAGAAUAUUUCUGAACAACCUUCACCUCAGCCUCAGACUGCUGGGUUGGGACAACAACCUGGAAUGUUCCAUGAUGUGCCUAGGCGACGACGAAAUGCCGGACCAUCAAGCCAAGCUGUCUACCCACCUCAAUAUGGGUAUCCUUAUGGCUAUCAACAUUACUCACCUUUCCAGUUCACGCCUCAGAAUGCACCUCCACCCCCACCAAAUACAUCACAAGUAGUCCCGCCUCAGCAUAUGCAUCCUUCAGCACCUUUUCAACCAACAAGAGCUACUACAGUAACUACUUCAGGGAGGAGUAGGGAUUUAGCAAAAAAGUUGAAAGAUGCAAAAACCAUGGGCUGUAAAGAUUUUUCGGGAGAGAAUGAUGAUGUUGAACCCAUAGAUUGGGUUGAAUACAUAAACAAAACCUUGACAGAUCUGGAGUGUACUGAUUCGGAAAAGCUAAAGAUAGCCACUCGAUUAUUGAUUAAAAGUGCUAAAGUUUGGUGGGAUAAUGUUGAAGUUCGAUAUCUAGAGGGAGUAACUUGGGCAGAUUUCUUAAAGGAAUUUGUUCAAGAAUAUUACCCAAAGGAAGAACGUGAUGACAAGUUGGCACAGUUUUACAGUUUGGAACAAGGUGAUAUGACCGUAAAAGAAUAUAAGGCAGAAUUGAGGAAACUAUUUAGACAUCUACCUCCAGAGUCUAGGAGGGACAUUCAACUAUCUGCUAAAUUCAGUCAGGGGUUGCAAUUGGAUAUUCGGGAGAGAAUGACAGUGACUCCUAGUCAAACGUACAAGGAUAAGGUUAUGUCAGCUGUUAGAGCAGAGAAACUGAUUUUAGAGAGGAGUUUGUCCAGUGGUGGGAAGUUUUGGGGAAAAAGAAAGACAGAUUCCUCAUCUGAUCAAUCAUCGAAGAAAAGUAAGAGUACAGCAUCAUCAGGUGGUAACUCUUAUGCUAGUUCGGUGGGUUCUCCUAGGAAGCCCCAACCAUCUAGAUUUGGAAAAUCCAAGACAUCCAUAAGUUCAACAAUUAAAGGUCAACAUAGGGAAGGAAGCCAAACGACUCAAUAUCGCUUUACUCCCCGAAAUAAUCAGAGGGCCAUACAGGCGCAGGCUUCCACUGCUACUACUUCUGGGAGCGGAGCAGGGGGAAAUACGACUCUUCAAAACUCUAGCAAACCUGUGACACGAGCUCAGUCGAGGCUUUAUUCCAUGACUCAAGAGGAAGCCGCAACAAGACCGGAAGUAAUUACAGGUACGUUGACUAUUUUUGGGCGUGAUGCAUAUGUACUGAUUGAUUCCGGGUCGGAAAGAUCAUUUAUUAGCAAUGCCUUUGCGGGUUACUCUGAUAGGGAUUUGUCACCGUUGGAUUGUGACUUAGUUGUGCAUACUUCGUUAGGAGAGGAAAUUUUCAAAAAUGUGGUGUUUAAAGAUUGCCCAAUAGUUGUUGGUAGGGCAAUCUUGUACGCCAAUCUAAUUCCUCUUGAGUUGAAGGAUUUUGAUGCCAUCUUAGGAAUGGAUUGGUUGGAGAAGCAUUAUGCUAAUGUUGACUGCCAUACUAAGGUGGUACAAUUCAGAAGGCCUAGGAAAAGAAUGGUGCAAUUUGUUGGUGAACGCCGAGUGUUGCCAUCUUGUGUCAUCUCAGCAAUUGAAACACGUAAGCUACUAUCUAAAGGCUGUCCAGCUUACUUAGCACAUAUAAUUGACACCACAACACCUACACCAAUUAUAGAACAUAUCCCGAUUGUAAAUGAGUUUCCGGAUAUUUUCCCGGAAGAGUUGCCGGGGUUGCCACCAGAAAGGGAGUUUGACUUUACUAUUGAUCUGCAUCCGGGAACGGAUCCUAUCUCUAUCACUCCAUACCGGAUGGCCCCGACCGAACUCAAGGAACUGAAGACACAAUUACAGGAGCUCUUGGAUAAAGGAUUCAUCCGGCCGAGUGUGUCUCCUUGGGGUGCACCAGUUUUGUUUGUAAAGAAGAAGGACAGAUCCUUGAGAUUGUGUAUUGAUUACCGACAACUAAACCGGGUCACCGGUAAAAAUCGGUAUCCGUUGCCUCGUAUUGAUGAUUUAUUUGAUCAAUUGCAAGUCAUGCCGUUUGGUUUGACAAAUGCACCAGCAGCAUUUAUGGAUUUAAUGAACAGAGUGUUUCAUCUAUACCAUGACAAGUUUGUCAUUGUCUUCAUCGAUGAUAUCCUUGUAUAUUCUCGGAAUGAGAACGAGCAUGCAAACCACCUUCGAAUUGUUCUCCAAACACUUCGAGAGCAUGAAUUGUAUGCCAAAUUGUCAAAAUGUGAAUUUUGGCUCCAAGAAGUUGGAUUUUUGGGUCAUGUUGUGUCGAGGGAUGGAAUAUAUGUAGAUUCCGGCAAAGUAGAGGCUAUUUUAAAUUGGGAACGUCCGAAGACUGUUACUGAAAUUCGGAGUUUCCUUAGAUUGGCAGGAUAUUAUCGAAGAUUUGUGGAAGAUUUUUCUCUGAUAGCUGCACCGCUCACUCGUUUGACGAGAAAGGGGGUAAGGUUCGUGUGGGAUGAAAGAUUGAUGCCUCCCAACAAAGGGUUAGGGUGUGUUUUGAUGCAAGAUGGUAAGGUUGUUGCUAAUGCUUCUAGACAGUUAAAGAAGCAUGAAGAAAAUUACCCAACACAUGAUUUGGAAUUAGCAGCAGUGGUCUUUGCAUUAAAAAUAUGGAGACAUUAUCUCUACGGAGAAACGUGUCGAAUCUUCACAGACCACAAGAGUCUGAAGUACAUCAUGACUCAGUCUGAGUUGAACUUGAGACAAAGAAGGUGGUUAGAGCUAAUUAAAGAUUAUGAUUUGAUAAUUGAUUAUCAUCCCGGGAAAGCAAAUGUUGUAGCGGAUGCUCUCAGUCGUAAAGCCUCAAACUCUAGUGCAUUAGCAGCAAUCAAAGUCUCUUAUUUUCCACAAUUGAUCGGAAUUCGAUCUUUGGGAGUUACUUUGGAAAUUGAACACAAUUCUGCAGCUUUAAUAGCACGAUUUGAAGUGAGACCCACUUUGACAGACAAAAUUAAAGAACGACAGCAAAAUGAUGAUAAGUUGAUGGAAGAGUUCAGAAAGUUGUGGAGUGGUGAAGCUACUGAGUAUAGAAUCAGGAAUGAUGGGAUUCUGCUUUUCAAGGAAAGAAUUUGUAUUCCUAAAGAUGAUGUGAUUCGAAAAGCAAUUUUGGAGGAAGCCCACUCUUCUGCUUUUGCUAUGCAUCCUGGUAGUACGAAGAUGUACCAGACUAUCAAGGAAAGUUAUUGGUGGCCGGGAAUGAAGAGGGAAAUUGCCGAGUUCGUGGCAAGGUGUUUGAUUUGUCAGCAAGUGAAGGCAGAACAUCAGAAACCUACUGGAACCUUACAACCAUUACCAAUUCCGCAAUGGAAGUGGGAACAUAUCACCAUGGAUUUUGUUGUGGGAUUACCCCGUACACAAGCUGGUAACAAUGUGAUUUGGGUGAUUGUUGAUAGACUUACUAAAGCAGCACAUUUCUUGCCGAUCCGAAAUGGCUGGACACUUGAGCACUUGGCCAAGUUUUGGGAUGUGCAUUUGCCCUUGAUUGAAUUUGCCUACAAUAAUAGUUACCAUGCUAGCAUUGGCAUGCCUCCUUAUGAAGUAUUGUAUGGUCGAAAAUGCAGGACCCCAUUAUGCUGGGAUGAAGUGGGUGAAAGACAACUACUUGGUAGGGAGCUAGUUGAAAUUACUGCUGGCAAAGUUAAGAUCAUCAGAGAUCAUUUAAAAGUAGCUCAAGAUCGACAAAAGAGCUAUGCUGAUAUCCGAAGAAAGGAGUUGGAGUUCGAGAUUGGAGAUAAGGUAUUCUUAAAAGUCGCUCCGUGGAAGGGAGUCAUUAGAUUCCGCAAAGCUGGGAAACUGAAUCCUCGAUACAUUGGACCAUUCAUCAUCACUCAACAAAUUGGCCCAGUAGCUUACCGAUUGGAUCUAUCUUCAGAACUGGAACGUAUUCAUGAUGUGUUUCAUAUAUCUAUGUUAAAGAAGUACGUUCCUGAUGAUUCGCAUAUUCUUGAAGCUCCACCGAUUGAAUUAAAGGAGAAUAUGAGUUUUGAAGUGCAACCUAUUGAAAUAUUAGACAGGCAAAUAAGGUUUUUGAGAAACAAACAAAUUCCUCUAGUUAAAGUGUUAUGGCAAAGUGGUGAAAUAGAGGAAAUGACUUGGGAAACCGAAGAAGCAUAG